UACUGGCAGUGCAUGGCCGACCGUCAAGCUCGCCAGGUGGUGGAGAGUCCAGUGUUCAGAGUGCGUUCAACCCAUUUGGUUUGCCUAAGGCUCGUGCCCUUCCCCCCGAGAUUGUGUUAUUAUUCAUCGGUUUUUUAAAAUUACUUAUUCACCGACGAGAGGAAACUACAUCGGCCCCUGAAGACCAUAAUAAUGGAAACGGGAGCUGCUUGUUUUUACAUUAGCGCAGUAGAUUAAUUAUUUAUUCCCGGAUUAAUUUCCAUGCCGAGGAGAGUCCGUCAUGGCGCCGGAUUCUGGUGCGAGUCACUCUUUAUCACUUAGAGUAACAAAACUUUUGACAUCACUCAUCGUUUUUUCAAUCAGCUCAGCAACAGCAUGUCAGUUUUAUCCAGUCGGCGAGUACUUGAAGUUCGUGAGGGUGCCAGAGAAUCUGCCACUUGGGGCGGAAGUAUUAUCCUUGGAGGUUCAUCCUCGCAGUCACUUGACAAUAAUGCCCGUCGAUAAGGAGGAGGACGCGCGAUAUUUUACUUACAAAGACCUGAAUUCAACCCACAUAUCUGUGAUACUAGCCCAAUCACUGGAGGACCUGGUUGACUCGGAGACACCUCGCAACCUCCUGAAAUUUCGAUUCGUCUGUGACUACUCAGACGGCGUCAACUCCCUGACAUCAUCGCACCUAUCGGUGACGGUGUACGUGGAAGACAUAAAUGAUCACGCCCCCCAGUUCAUCGGUUCACCAUAUCACGUGACAGUUGAGGAAUUCACUCCACCAGGAAUGACGAUAUUCCGUGGAAUUCACGCCUUCGACGGUGACAAACCUAAUACACCAAACAGUGACGUUCACUACGCAAUAGUAAAGGGCAACGAAGUAGGGAAAUUCUCUCUGGAAUCCGGCCACCGGACGGCCCUUAUUCUCCGAAAGCCCCUGGACUACGACACUGGUGAUCGGCAAUUCUCCCUAGUGAUAACGGCAACGGACCGUGGCACCCCAGCGAGAAGUGCAAGUACAACCGUCACAGUCAAUGUUGUCGACAAUGAUGACCUUGGGCCGAAAUUCACCCAGAGCACAUACAGAGCCAGGAUCUACGAGUCCUUUCCAUUUCCGAAAUCUUCUAUUCACAAGGAGAUCUACUUCACUCCCCCGAUCCAUGCUACGGACCAAGACUCAUCCAUAAACACCCCAGUGAAGUACUCAAUCUCCUCCGGGAACGAGCGCAGUAUUUUCCAGAUUGAUCCAAGAAACGGUUCCCUCUUCCUGAAUCAGCCCAUCGACCUGGACACCGAGCGAGCCCUCUCCAACAAUACGUUCUACCUCCAACUGCACGCAACCCAAGUGGACAAUCCUCUGAAGUAUUCAACCGCCCGCGUAGAGGUGGAGAUAUUGGACUUGAAUGACAAUCUUCCACAAUUCGAGGUUGACCACUACAACAUCAGUAUAGUGGAGAAUCUUCCCAACGGCUUCAGUGUCCUGCAGGUGGUGGCGCACGAUCAAGAUCAAGGCGACAAUGGAGACUUCACUUACGAGUUGUCGGAUCCUUCUGGAGCCUUCUUAGUUGACGAGAAGAGCGGCUGGUUGACGGUGAGGGAUGAACGAGUACUGGAUCGGGAGCGCAUUUCUUUUCUCCAGAUGAAGGUCAUCGCAGUGGAGAAAAAGCCGAGUGUCAUUGCGUUCUCCAACGGUAGCUCCUCAGUACCCGUAGAAAUCACUCUACUCGAUGCCAAUGACAAUAAUCCAACGUUUGUUCCUUCAAAUGUCUACGAGUUCGUGACCAAGAGUGAUGCUGAAGUUGGCACUGUUCUCGGCCAAGUUAAGGCCAUUGACAGCGAUCUGGGGAGAAAUGGUGUUGUUAGAUAUGGAUUACAGAGAGCUGGAAAUAAUAGUACAGCUGUCCAUGUACCUUUCACGGUUGAUUCGCGGACUGGUGUUGUCACGGUAGGAGAGAGGCCGAUAAUUGUUGGUAGACAUGCGAUAUUUGUCGAGGCUACGGAUCAACCGGCUAAUCCGAGUGAAAGGAGAUUCUCACUUGCUGUUGUUACGGUGGAUGUGCUUCAGGGCGAUGCUAACGAGCAAUCACUACCUGACUUCGUGGGUGCCCCAUAUGAAUUCUGGGUGGGUGCUAAUGUACCAAUUGGCACUAGUGUUGGACAGAUUCGUAUCAACAGUGCAGCAGAGAAGAAACGUGAUAUCAUUUAUGAUCUCCUUCACAGCUAUCGUGAAGGCGUCCCAUUUGCUGUGGAGGAGCAGAGUGGUACGAUAACGGUAAUUGACGGUAUCGAUAGCUACGCGAGAAGAUCCUACGAUUUUGAGGGAGUUGUUACGAAUGAUAAGGAUCUCAUGCUUGUCACAAAUGUCUCUGUCCAUGUCGUUGAUCCCAAUGAUCAGAGGGAGCUAUUCACCAAAGGAACAACAAGAGCACCUCUAUUGUUCCAUGUGAAUGAGAAUCAAGCGGGUGCCUUUAUCGGACAAGUUCUUCCUCGUAAUAAUACGAAGACAGCGUCCAAUGUGCGUUUUCUUAUCGCCAAUCAGCGUGAUGUACCCGAUAUUGCUAUAACCGAGGACGGCGACCUCUACACAGUGAGGGGUCUCGACCGUGAAACCAGACAGAAUUACAGCAUCACUGUAAUUGCGGAGACAACGAGAGGACUUGGGAUAUUUCAAGUGACAGUUGUCAUCGACGACGUCAAUGACAAUCCUCCACUAUUCGACAUGUCCUCCUAUCACGGGCACAUCCAGGAGAACAGUCUUCCUGGGGCCGAGGUCAUUCUAAACAAUCGAAUAUCUACACACGAUGCUGACGAUCAUCUGAACCGGAAGCUGAGUCUGCAACUGACCGGUGAAGGGAGUGAACUGUUCACGAUUGAUCGCAGCACUGGGAGAGUCUUCUUCGGUGGCAAGGGCAACAGUAUUUUAGACAGAGAGGAGAAGUCCAUCUACAAUUUAAGUGUUAUCGCCAGCGAUGACAUAAACCCGAAGUCCACUGCCUCGCUGACCCUAAAAAUAACCGACAUGAAUGACAAUGCCCCUCAAUUCACGCAGAUGAUAGUAUCCCCGGAUCAGGGUAUCGUUGUAUCCAAAGAAACGUCUGAAAAAUCGAAGGACAAAAGUGCGCAUAACUCACCACUUCUCCUCAUCCCUGAAAAUGUCACGAUAGGCAGUGUGAUAAUUCGCCUUGUGGCCAGCGACAAGGACACCAAUGGCAAUGCCGAGAUAACAUACGGCAUCGUCAACGAGACAAUCUACCCACCCCUCCAAUCCAAUUUCGAUUCCCAGCCGCAUUUCAUCAUCAGCCCAAGGACGGGUGAACUAUCAAUUGCCCGAUUGUUGCCGGCAGGGGAUGAAAUACAUCUGAGUAUUGUAGCUAGGGAUGGUGGCAAUCUGAAUGACACUGUCUCUGUAAAAAUGAUGAUCGUCGACAUGAACGAUCACGCCCCAGUGUUCAAUAAAUCGUGGUAUGCGUUUGACGUGCCUGAGGGAGUUUACACUAGGCAUAUCAUAGGAAAGAUAAUAGCUGUCGAUGAUGAUACCGGUGACAAUGCCAGAGUUACUUAUGCUUUAUCACCACCGAAGGACUCCUCUCCAAGUUUGAUCUUCGAAAUCGGUGAAGUCAGUGGAGUUUUGAUGAUAACUGGUGAUUUGGAUCGUGAGAUCAAAGACACUUAUCAGUUAACAGUAACAGCUCGGGAUAACGGAAGUCCCCAGCAGAGUGCCACCGUUGACGUUGAAAUCAAUGUCCUUGACAGCAAUGACAAUCCUCCAGAGUUUCACGGUUACACAGACAUGAACAUGGACAACGCCUUGAAAAUGAUCCCAGUGUACUACGCUUCCGUGCCUGAAGAUACUCCGGCUGGGACGAUUAUUAGUAAAGUCUACGCCAACGAUUCCGACUUCGCUGGCAAUGGGAAUGGAUUAAUUCUGUUUGACCUGCACCGUCGAAUUGGUGAAAAGCAGUUCUUCGAGAUUGACAGCAAAGACGGCACCAUCAUGACCAUUUCCGAACUUAAUUACGAACGUCAGAAUCUUCACAACGUUACGAUCACUGCUAGAGAUCUGGGUUCACCUAGUCUGACAUCAACGGCAAUGCUCUACGUCAAGGUUCUAGAUGUUGACGAGCAGGACGACAAAGUGGAAUAUGACAGACCAGUCUUUCAACAUCGUUAUUACGAGGUCGAGAUCGAGGAGAAUUCGGUUGUUCCAUUGAAGCUCAUUCAGCUCAAUGUUUCGGAAAUGUACUGGAAUGAGAGGAUGAAAUACGGAAUUGUGUCGAAUGACUCGGACAUUCAUGACUUAUUUGGAAUUCAUCCCGAUAAUGGGACCCUCGUGCUCAAGAAAAAUGUUGAUAGGGAGUUCAGGGAUACUUAUCAGUUCAGGGUUAAGGUUGACUGGGGGAAGAGUGGACGGGGCUUGCCGGUGAUGAUUUAUCCGGUUGGCGGGGAGAGACUUGGAGGGUUAGCGAUCAACGAGGCGAAAAUUGUUGUCAGGAUUAAGGAUGCUAAUGAUAAUGCACCUAGGUUCAAGAACAAGGGGAGACCAUUGUUGGCGGCCAUUCCAGCGAAUGUUCAGUAUGGCUAUGAGAUUAUCAAGGUUGAGGCAGAUGACCCUGAUGAGGGAAUAAAUGGGGAAAUAAGAUACCAAAUCCUUGGACAAGAGAAUUCACCACGUUUCGCCAUUGACCCACUUAGUGGUCAAGUGCGAUCUGUAGCUAGUUUUUCGAGGGAUGCUGGUAGGGUUUUCGGGUUUGAUGUCAAGGCCACAGAUAGACGUGGGUCCGAUAAUGGAAGGAGCAGUAUAGCAAACGUUUUUGUGUACGUUGUCGAUGACAAUAAGCAGGUGGUCCUGGUAAUGGGUACGAAGCCGACGGAAAUUGAGAAUCAAGUAGAGGAGAUCACAGGUGCACUACAAAACGUCACGGGAUUGGACGUGAGGGUGAGAAAGUUGGAGCCACAUAUUGAAAAAAAUCUCAUCGAUACAACCUCCACUGACUUGUACCUGUACGCAGUCGAUCCUCACCUCAAUUCCAUGAUCGACAUGGACACUCUUCACAGUGUAUUCCGCAAAAAGAAAGCGGAAAUAAGAGAGGAGUUGGAGAGAUACCGUGUCCUCGAUAUUUCAAGAAAUACCUCGAGACAAGGAAGUCGAUAUCUGCUGUCUACCCUUGAGGUUGGAGUCGUCGUGUUGGGAUGUGUGGUUUUCGUUGGGGCCCUAGUGACUGCCCUGUGCGUCGCCUGUGUACGACGAAAUAAGCGCCGUUGCCGUGAUACAGCCCUAGGUGCCCCAACGAUGUUUUCAUCUGGUGGACCAGUUGGUUUCGCUCUGGCAGAGCCAACCGCAACACUGCGGAAAGGCCCCCUGUUUCCAACUUUCGUCGAUGGUCUACGGUACGAUCCAGAGCCCUUUGCAAACGACGGAAGGAUGAGUCUGUGUGAACAUGAGCCCGGCUGUAUACGUCAUCACCAUAGUCGGGCGCGCAGCUGCGGAACGUCCAAGCGGAUGCCAAAGAGGGCGACGAGCACUGGAUGCCUCGAGGCUUCCGCUACGUCCCUCCACUCGAGCGGACAGGAUUCCGGAAUUGUUGCGCGUGCCUGCCACUGCGGCCACUCCUCGAGUCCUUCGAGCGGCGAUAGCAGCAACGGGUACGAGGACUCCCUGAAGUCACUACAUCGCAGCAACGAUCAGAUCUCAAGGGGUCCUGAGACUGCGGCUGGGAGUGAGCGACAGACGGUUGUCCCUGGUGGCCGACAAAGGUUUCACUCAUUCUCGAAUGGCGAGUCUAUCUACGGGAGGGAUACCAGUCUGAGGAGGGAGAUGAGGUAUCGGACUAAUACGGAAAAACGGCAGCAUGCCCACCCUGAGCCGAUUCACGUAUCGAGGACUAUGAUUAGGGAGCCACAUGGGGUGGUGGGGAUUGAUAAGCAGGGAGUCACGAGGCUUCGGGGAGCCGCCGGAUCCAGUCACUCCCUAUUCUGGUGAGAACAAUGAAAUCGAGUAAACAAAAAACCAAGAAAAGGAGCCAAAGUGUCAUGAAAACGUCAAUUAUUCCUCCACGAAUGCAAUAUCCGAAUUGAAAAGAAUAAAACUUCCAUCAGCAUUCCUGCAGUUGGUAAAAACACGACAAAAAAUUGUUUUUCCAGUCCGAUAUUCCAUUGAUGGGGCACUCAACUCUUGUGACAGUUGCAAGAACAACCGAACAAUGAACUCAAUCAACAAACUGUAAAAAAUACUCUAAAUGUAAAUUGUAAAAAUGUAUCUUAAGUUGUGAGAGACAACUCGAAGUAAUUUAUGGUGUGUACAAUAAAGUGAAGAAUUUAAA